ACCCACCCAGCACCCACCACCUUCCCACCCACCCACGACCCUCGCACCCACACACCACUCACUCAAUGUCAAACCCCUCAACCCUCUACGGCGCCCCGCGCCCCAAAAACAAGCCUAUACCACUCUCCUCGUCGUCGAUCCACGCACUAUCCACCGAGCUCGCCGCCGCGCGCUCCGCCCUCUCGCGCACCGAAAAUCCCGCGCCCGCGCGUGCGCGCGCGCGCACGAACGGAUCUUCCGCCACUUCGAAGACGGCCGCGUUGACGGGGGCGGGGGAGGGGGAGGGGCCGAGCGAAGGAGAGCUACAGCGCAGUCGGAAAAGUUUACUGCUCAAGGCGCGGCGGUACCGAGCUUUGCAGCGCGGGGGGGAGAGCGCUGACGCGCUCGUGGAUUUCGACCGGAAGUGGGGUGAGGAGGGGAGUGCGGACUCCUCGUCCGACGACGAUGGGGAUGGCGGGGACGACGACGGGGUUAUGGUGGAGUACGAGGAUGAGUUCGGCCGGACGCGCACGGGGACGCGGGGCGAGGCGGAGCGGGAGAAGAGGCGGAUGGAGGUUGCGCGGGUGGUGCAGGAGAGUGUGAAUGAUGGAGCUGGGGCUGGAGCGCGUCCCCUGCCGCCACAGGGCGUCAUCUACGGGAAUAAUAUACAGACACGGGCGUUCCAUACUCCGCUGUUUAGCUCUGUGCCGACGAGUGAGGAGAUGCUUGCUGCGCGCGCGGAGAGGGAGGAGGUGCAGGGCGACGUGGAGACGCAUUAUGAUGCCAGUAAGGAGGUGCGCACGAAGGGGGUGGGGUUCUUUCAGUUCAGUAAGGACGUGGAGGUGAGACGGGAGGAGAUGGAGGAGCUCGAGAAGGAACGGCAGAGGACGCAGGCGGAGAGGAUGGAGAAGGAGGGGAGGAGGAAGAGGAAGCGCGAGGAGCUCGAGAAGAGACGGGAGCAGAUCAAGGCGAAGCGCAGGGUCAAGGUCGGCGGGUCCUGGCUGGAUGAUCAGUUUGGCGAUUUGCUGGGCGGCGACGGCGAGGGUGCGGCUUGAGACUGGCGGUUGUACGUCUACAUACUUGUUUACGGAGUUGGGGCAUCUGGGGAAGGCGUUUUGUAUUUGUAUUUGGUCCCGCUGGUAUAAUGUCAUGAUCCCGAGCUACACAGCUCCAUCACACAGCUCCAUCAUUCCGC